AUGGACUCCAGUCUGUUACCCUACCUGGACAUAAUAAGUCAAAUGUUUAUUAGUGGCUAUAGUGAUCAGGACAUACAAAACCACUUGGUCUUUGAAUGUGGUUUGCGUCGAGGAGCCUCCAUCUGCAAUAUCCGCAGAUUUUGCAUAGGUCACGGCUUGAGAAGACAGCGAGUUACGGACCAACAACUGGAAGGCGCAGUCUUGAAAUCAAUAAACGAGGUUGGUCCCACCUAUGGCAGGAAGAUGAUGACAGGCUAUCUUGCAGCUGCGGGAGUGACUGCAUCAGAGCGUCGUGUUGGGGCUGUUUUGCGGAACAGUAAUCACCCAUAUCAUAAUGCACGAUGUCAGGGAGCAAGGAACCUCAAUCCGGUUCCAUAUCAUGCUGGCUACGUGGGUCACAAAAUCCACAUUGACCAAAAUGAGAAACUGGUGAUGUUUGGGGUGACUCAUGUGCUGGCAAUUGAUGGCUUCUCAAGCAAAAUUGUUGCACAAGCUACGAUGCCUGUGAAGAACAACCUCACCAUCUAUAAUGACAUUUACAGAAGGGCAGUAUUGGAGAAUGGGAUGUGGGACCAGGUCCGAGUGGAUCAUGGAAAAGAGUUCUACUUGACUCUUUUCAUGCAGGAGAAGUUGGCCAACCACCGCCACAACACCGAAAGGCCACCAUAUCGGCAAACCGCAUCAACAAAGAAUCACACAAUAGAAAGAAUUUGGCCAGAAAUUAAUAAUCGGGUUAACUAUCCAUUGAAAUUGCCAUUGAUAGAGCUGGUUGAUCAGGAGGAGAUUGACAUGGAGGACAACAUGACCAAAUUCUGUGUGUCAUCUUUGACCUGCCAAUUGGCCCAGCUCGGUGUUCAAAGAACAGUGCAAGCGUGGAAUGAGCACAGGAUUCCAGGGAAGGGGAUACCUACUCGCUUGGCCAGAGACGGCUGUCCUAAAAAGCUGUCCCCAGACCUUCUGCCAGAUGCAUCGGUGGCUGCAGACUACUAUGAAGAAGAGGUCGGGUCACUAACAAGAGUGUCUAUUUUUGGCACCAACCCAUUUCAGGACACGCAGGAUCAGGAAGCUGCAGAGCUGGAAUUUGCUCUGCAGUGCCCAGAUAUAAAUGCUCUGCUGGACAAUGCUGUCAACAAUUUGACACAACCUUUUAAAGAUGGACUGAAAAACAUCAUUGAUAUCACCAGGAGACGUUGUCAGCACUGA